AUGCACAACAGGAACGGCAGGGGUUCUCCAGAAGCCUACCCAGGCUCGGAGUCCCGGACGCUGGGACAGGCCGCCCUCCGACCACUCCCGCCACGUGCGGGCCAAGACACCACCCGCAGAAACCACCCGCUCGCCCGGGGACCCCUGAACAGCGCCACCCAGAGGCCUAUGCCUACCUGGAAGACUCCCGAGACCCGUGGCUCCCGGGGAAACCCCCAGCGUCGUCCACCUGGCCCUGGGCCUCCUCGACAGGACCUCCGAGAUCUGGAAGCCAGUUCGCCAUACAAUCUGUGCCAACUUCAGUCUCGAGCCCACAGGAUGAGACCUAAGAAAAUUGUGUUUGAGGAUGAGCUGCCCCCCAACGCCCUCCUGAGAACCAGGAAGCCUAUUGGCGCCACCUCUAGGGUAUACACGCCUAGGCCCCAUCCAGUGCCUGACUAUGAGCUUAAGUACCCACCAGUGAGCAGUGAGAGGGAGCGAAGCCGCUACGUGGCUGUGUUCCAGGACCAGUACUCUGAGUUCUUGGAGCUACGCCAGAAGGUGGCCUCUGCACAGGCAAAACUACAGCAGCUGAAGACCUUGCUGAGUUCACUGCCCCCGCCCCACAGCCAGAAGGAGGCCCGUGUCACUGCCCACGUCUGGAGGGAAUUUGAGAAGAAGCAGAUGGACCCCAGCUUUCUGGAAAAGCAGGCUCGCUAUCACUACCUGAAGGGCAAACUGAGGCACCUCAAGACCCAGAUCCAGAAAUUCGAUGACCAAGAGGACAGCAAGGGUUCUGUGUACUUCUGA